AUGGCUUCAAACUACAUCAUCAACGUUGCUAUCGCCGGAGCCAGCGGUAAUAGCGGUGGUAUUAUGACCGACGCCCUGCUCAAGACUGGCAGACAUACUAUCACAGCCAUCACCCGGGCUGGUGGCCAGAGCAAGCUGCCAGACGGCGUGAUCGUCAAGCCAGUCGACUAUAGUAAGCUGGAGACUAUUGUGGAGGCCCUCAAGGGCCAGGAUGCACUGAUAAUUGCAUUGAAUGGGUAUGCACCACCGGAAAUUGAUAUGAUGCUCAUCAAAGCCGCUGGUGACGCCGGUGUACCUUGGAUUUUCCCGAAUGAAUGGGCACCCGAUACCGCGAACGAGGAUCUGGCUCAAGAUCUGGUGGUGUUUCAAUCGAAGGGACCGAUUCGCAAAGCGAUCACUGAUCUAGGCAAAAGCUCCUACAUUGCAGUCAACACGGGCUUCUGGUACGAAUGGAGCCUGGCCAUUCCAUCAGCCUUCGGAAUAGACUUUGCCAAUCGCACUGUUACAUUAUUUGACGAGGGAAAGACCAAGAUCUCAACUUCAACCUGGCCUCAGGUUGGCCGAACUGUUGCUAGUCUUUGUAGCAUGCCAAUCAAGGCCGAAGGGAACGGCGGGGCUUGCCUUGAGAACUUGAAGAAUCAGAUUGUAUAUGUUGAUUCUUUCACUGUUAGCCAGAUAGAUAUGCUGGAGUCUGUUUUUAGGGUCACCGGGAUCACAGAACAGGACUGGACUAUCACAAAAGAAUCGGCUAAGGAGAGGUAUGAGAAUGGUUUGAAGGAGAUGCAUCAGGGUGACCGCAUUGGAUUUGUGAAGAUGCUGUAUACGCGGAUCUUCUUUGAUGAUGGUGCUGGCAACUUCGAGUCCAAGGGCACACUGAAUAGCUUGCUUGGCUUGCCGAAGGAGGAUAUUGAUGAAGUGACCAGGGCGGCUAUCGAGCGUUCGAAGACCGUUACUUGGUAG